CCUGGGCCUUUUCCCGGGGGAUGCUAGUGAGGGACUGCACGCCUCAGCGGUGGUAGGACAAAGAUCUGUGGUACUUUCUUCCCCUGGAAAUAAUCAUCCAACUUGCAUAGUGCUAUCCAGUUCGUAUACAUUAUCGUAUUGAUCCUCACGAUCUUGUGAGCUGGGGGCAACUGCGGUUGUGCGUAUUAUUCCCAUUCUACUGAUGCGGAAAAUGAGGCUGAGACACACGAAGGGACUCGCUCAGGGCCACCUAGCCACUCGGAGCUGGCCCGGAGGUCUCCGCUUCUCCCGCGGGUCGGGUAACCCGACCAAUCUUUAAGUCCCUCCAGGAUCCCCGACGCCGCCGAGGCGCCCAGCGAGAGGCGGUGAGCCCGGGCCCCCGCGCGUCUGCAGGCGCCCGCCGCGCUCGCCCUGAGCCGCCGCCGCCGCCAUGGCGCAGGAGAACGCCGCCUUCUCGCCGGGGCCGGAGGAGCCGCCGCGGCGCCGCGGCCGCCAGCGCUACGUGGAGAAGGACGGCCGGUGCAACGUGCAGCAGGGCAACGUGCGCGAGACGUACCGCUACCUGACCGACCUCUUCACCACGCUCGUGGACCUGCAGUGGCGCCUCAGCCUGCUCUUCUUCGUGCUCGCCUACGCGCUCACCUGGCUCUUCUUCGGCGCCAUCUGGUGGCUGAUCGCCUACGGCCGCGGCGACCUGGAGCACCUGGAGGACACCGCGUGGACGCCGUGCGUCAACAACCUCAACGGCUUCGUGGCCGCCUUCCUCUUCUCCAUCGAGACGGAGACCACCAUCGGCUACGGGCACCGCGUCAUCACCGACCAGUGCCCCGAGGGCAUCGUGCUGCUGCUGCUGCAGGCCAUCCUGGGCUCCAUGGUGAACGCCUUCAUGGUGGGCUGCAUGUUCGUCAAGAUCUCGCAGCCCAACAAGCGCGCCGCCACGCUCGUCUUCUCCUCGCACGCCGUGGUGUCGCUGCGCGACGGGCGCCUCUGCCUCAUGUUCCGCGUGGGCGACCUGCGCUCCUCGCACAUCGUCGAGGCCUCCAUCCGCGCCAAGCUCAUCCGCUCGCGCCAGACGCUCGAGGGCGAGUUCAUCCCGCUGCACCAAACCGACCUCAGCGUGGGCUUCGACACCGGCGACGACCGUCUCUUCCUCGUCUCUCCGCUUGUCAUCAGCCACGAGAUCGACGCCGCCAGUCCCUUCUGGGAGGCGUCACGCCGCGCCCUCGAGAGGGAUGACUUCGAGAUCGUCGUCAUCCUUGAGGGCAUGGUGGAAGCUACGGGAAUGACAUGCCAAGCUCGGAGCUCCUACCUAGUGGACGAGGUGCUGUGGGGCCACCGCUUCACAUCAGUGCUGACCCUGGAGGAUGGCUUCUACGAGGUGGACUAUGCCAGCUUCCACGAGACCUUCGAGGUGCCCACACCCUCCUGCAGUGCCCGGGAGCUGGCUGAGGCCGCGGCCCGCCUUGAUGCCCAUCUCUACUGGUCCAUCCCCAGCCGGCUGGAUGAGAAGCAGCACUUCAGGGCCACCCACCUGCGCCUCACAGGGUAUGACCAGCUCCCCCACCCAGGGGCCGGACUCUCACUCCUCAACCGUGGCCCUGCUACCUCCACAGCCAGCCUCUGAGCAGAGAAAACCCGUCAUGGAGAGAGAGGGAAGCGAUGCUAACGGGAUUGCUCACUCUGGUGAAGGUGGGCUCCCUGGAAUCAGACGAUGACCAUCUAGUGCCCCUGGUGCCCACUGAGAUAGCAUGACUCCCAGCUCCCACCCAGGGGUGCAGAGCACUCACACAGUGUCUGCACGUCCACGUGGGCCAGGACAGCCCUCUUCUCCGCGAUCUGGGCCCAGCUGCCAUCAGGAUCCUGAAUCCACU